UAUACUACAUCAGUUCCAAGCCGACCAUCGCGCGUCCCGGUCGCACGUUCCCGAAGGAACGCCACUGGCUUUUGAAUAACAGGCAAAAGAGAGAGGGUUCCCGAAGGGAAGAGACGCCGCGCUGCGCGUGUGAACGCACCUUUAAAACGGUUUCAACCGAGAAAUGAAGAGACAUAACAUCUAAAGUCUUGUAGUAAAUUAAAUUUCGCGUAGCAAAAGCAGAGUGUGAGUUAGUUUAUUAGUGUUAAACUAUUUUGGGGGGGCUCGAAAAGCUGUUUGAAAAUUUUGCUCGUUUAAGAUCCGACAAACUCCUCUGCUGAAGCUUUGGGAGGAAAACAGAUCCACCGUGGCCGGGAAGGGGCGAUUGUACGCCGCUUAUAGUCUCAGCGGAUCGGAGGGGGAAGUCUCCCCGCGAAGGUAUCCCCAGCAUACCUAUCAACAUCCCCUUUACCAGCAACCAGCCGGACUCAGCGAUACCCCUUCUUCUGAAAACGCAUCUGACGCAACCUUGACUGAUUCUGAAUUGGCUUUGGCACGAGAUUCGACACUGUUAGUACAUAACGGUUGCUUGUUAGACAGCGCCACCAGUAGGCCGCCAGAUGUGCCCCCGCGCAACCCAACCAUGAGCAGGCUGAACGGCCGAUUGGCAACUGCCCCGCCUCCAGAUCCAGGCCAAGACUUCGAACCCUCCUGCCUCGUCCGUACACCCUCGGGAAACGUUUACAUUCCGGGAGGCACCCUUAAUCAUCCGAAGAAUACCACCAUGGACUAUAAGUCGAAUUCGUCCUGCAGCAGUCCUUCCAAGGACAUCAAAAAUCCAGACAGGCUAGGAGCAAUCCCGUAUGGAACACCCGUUCCCGUUUUGCCAGUCCGAAACAACUUACAUCGACCUGCAUCCAGCCAUUUCCCUCCCGGAAGCAGAUUCCACUUUAGGAAAGGUCUGGCGUCGAAGUGCACGUGGAAAUGCACCGCCAUAGCUCUUAUGAUCGUAUCUUUCAUCAUGAUCGCCGCAAUUGCUUGCAUUUUAGUGUCAGGCGUGCUGAACUGGUCAUAUCAAAACUCCAACGCCUGCACAGUGGUGGUGGACGAGAACACGGAGGUUUUAGCACCGAAGGCCACAACAUCCGAAACCAACUUGUCGACAUCCAGCAAACCCAGGCCGAGCAGUAGUAGCGGAGGUAAUUACGGAGUUGUAGCUAGAAAACGUAGAGAUGUGAAUAACAGGCAUGAUGAUUCCGAUCUAAACGGUUCCACAUUUUCAACUAUCGAGCAUGAUACUUCUGCACCUUUGCAUGACUACACCACAAUCAUCAAUAGCGAAGAAGAAACUACCCACGAAGACGACGAUGCCUCCAUUCCAACCGUAGAAGAUAUCUUCAACGAAUUCAUUCCUGAAGAAGAAGAUUCGGAAUGGGAAAAUUUAAAUACAAUAAGCACCGAAGAAAAUGAUGUGACAACGAUUUUAAUGGACGAUUUAAACGAAGUUACCGAAAAACCAAACAUCGCACACGAUCUUUCUAAAGAACUAACAGAUCUUAACCUUUCUGCUCUUGAUAACGUUGAAUCUAAAAUGAAUCCAAAAAAAUUUGUAGAAACUAAUUCGGUGCAUGAUUUUGAUGUGAACACCCCAACUAAACCCCCUUCUAUUCAAUACAUCGACGUCCCAACUAUCAAAAAUCAAAUUUCUAAGAAAAUAACUGUUAACGUUACAAUAUCAACCGAUCCUGACUCCAAAAACCCCUCAUCCCAAAACGUCUACGUUCUUUCCGUAUCCGUCCCCACGGAUUCCAAGGAAAACCCGGACGUCAUCCAUAAUUCCGACGUUCAUCUGAUCCCUUCAGCUUUAACAAAGCUUGACCAUCCUAUAAAAGAAACCCCGAUAGAGUCUUCCGACCGAUGGGGCGGCGAAUGCCAAUGCUCUUGCCCGUGCAUGGAUGAUCCCGAUUUUUUUAAGAAGGACUACUCUAAAGAGAUCGCUCUCGAUUACGACGCGAUUAACAAUUCCUUUUUAUUAGAAAAUGAGACAGAGGUAACCACCGAAGCCGCUUCCACCACUACGGAGUGGACAACAUGGUCCUCAUGUUCCGAUAUGACCACUACACCUCCACCUCCAACCAUUCUGAUCCUCGAAGGCGCAAGGACAUUUCCUGCAAAAUCUUUUCCGCCGGAUGGCACAACAUUCGCUCAAAUUUCGUUGGGGCAAAGAUUAUCUAAAGAAAUUCCACCCUAUGGUUAUUGGAACAUGCAGUUUUACCAGUCCGAAGCUGCUUAUGUCAAAUUUGAUUAUAACAUUCCCAGAGGUGCGAGUAUAGGUGUAUAUGCCAGAAGAAAUGCCCUUCCCACACACACCCAGUAUCAUAUUCUGGAAGUCCUUAGUGGAUUUAAAGCUCGAACUACCCGAGCGUCUUAUUCUUCUGUGAAGAAAGAAGUAACCCAUUACAUGGAGCAAGGUCAUUGGUUCCUAUCAUUGUAUAACGACGACGGCGAUCCACAAGAAAUCAGUUUCGUUGCAGCAGUAGCAGACGAUAUGACCCACAAUUGUCCUAAUGGUUGUAGCGGAAAAGGGGAAUGUCUAAUGGGCCAUUGUCAGUGUAAUCCCGGUUUUGGAGGAGACGAUUGCAGCGAAAGUGUUUGCCCGGUUCUAUGCAGUCAAAGGGGAGAGUACAUUAACGGAGAAUGCCAGUGCAAUCCCGGAUGGAAAGGCAAGGAAUGUUCCUUAAGGCAUGACGAAUGUGAGGUACCUGAUUGUAAUGGGCAUGGUCAUUGCUCGAACGGAAAAUGUCAAUGCGUUCGAGGUUAUAAAGGCAAAUUUUGCGAAGAAGUUGACUGUCCUCAUCCAACCUGUAACGCACACGGAUAUUGCUUGGAAGGAACUUGCAUAUGCAAAAAAGGAUGGAAAGGCGUGGAUUGCAGCCAAAUGGAUAAAGACGCUUUACAGUGUCUUCCGGAUUGUUCAGGUCAUGGGACGUUCGAUUUAGAUACGCAAACGUGCACUUGCGAAGCUCGUUGGUCCGGAGAUGAUUGCUCUAAAGAACUUUGCGAUUUGGAUUGCGGACAACACGGACAUUGCGUUUCAGAAUCGUGCCAAUGCGAUCCUGGAUGGUCUGGGGAAUACUGCAACUUAAAACAAUGUGAUAUUCGAUGUAACGAACAUGGUCAAUGUAAAAACGGAACGUGUUUAUGUGUCACUGGAUGGAAUGGAAAACAUUGCACCAUGGAAGGAUGCCCGAAUAGUUGUUCAAACCAUGGACAUUGUAAAAUGUCUUUGGAAGGAGCUUGGUACUGUAAUUGCGAUCAUGGGUGGGAUGGAAGAGAUUGUAGUGUAUUACUUGAACAAAGUUGUGAGGAUAAUAGGGAUAAUGAUAAAGAUGGAUUAAUUGACUGUCAAGACCCUGAAUGUUGUUUAAACCCAGCGUGUAGAACGAGCCAAUUGUGUGUAUCAGCACCAAAACCAACCGAUAUUUUGUUAAGAAAGCAGCCGCCAGCGAUCACAGCUUCAUUCUUUGAAAGAAUGAAAUUCUUAAUUGAUGAAGGAAGUUUACAAAAUUACGCCAGACAAGAGACCUUCAAUGAGAGUGUUUUCUGGAAUCAUUUUAAUACAAGCCGAUCUGCUGUUGUUCGAGGACGCGUUACCACUCAAAUGGCUAAAGGAUUAAUGGGGGUUCGCGUUAGUACUAGCACACCAUUAGAAGGUUUCACUUUAACCCGCGAAGAUGGUUGGUUUGAUCUCCUAGUAAAUGGUGGAGGCGCCGUUACGUUACAAUUCGGUAGGAGUCCGUUUAGAGCUCAAAGCCACAUCGUUUUUGUACCAUGGAACGAAGUUAUUAUCAUCGAUAACAUUGUAAUGGUAACUGGAGAAGAAAGAACGUUAUCACAUAUUAUAACACCUUGUUUACCUCACGACUACGACACCAUGAAACCCGUGGUUUUAGCCACUUGGAAGCAUGGGUUUCAAGGAGCUUGUCCGGAUAAAAGCGCUAUUUUAGCCGAAUCCCAAGUCGUUCAAGAGAGCUUACAAAUACCCGGAACCGGCUUAAAUUUAGUUUAUCACAGUUCGAGAGCGGCGGGAUAUUUAUCUACGAUCCAAUUACAACUAACACCCGAAAGUAUACCACCGACUUUAUAUUUGAUUCAUUUGCGAAUUACCAUUGAAGGGAUUUUAUUUGAGAAAACAUUCGAGGCUGAUCCUAUUAUUAAAUUUACGUACGCAUGGAAUAGAACUAACGUGUAUAGACAAAGGGUUUAUGGAGUAACCACAGCUAUUGUUAAAGUUGGAUAUGAAUAUUCUGAUUGUAAAGACAUUAUAUGGGACGUUCAAACGACUAAAUUAAGCGGGCAUGAUAUGAGUAUAUCUGAGGUUGGUGGUUGGAAUUUAGAUAUUCAUCAUAGAUAUAAUUUCCAUGAAGGUAUCUUACAAAAAGGCGAUGGAUCUAAUAUAUAUCUCAAACAUAAACCGCGCGUUAUUUUAACUACGAUGGGGGAUGGUCAUCAAAGACCGUUAGAUUCUACAGAUUUCGAAGGACAAGCCUCUAAACAACGACUUCUUGCGCCAGUUGCUUUAGCAGCGGCUCCCGAUGGUUCGUUAUUUGUGGGCGAUUUUAAUUUAGUAAGAAAAAUUCUUACUGAUGGAACAGUGAGGACAAUAGUUAGAUUAAAUUCUACAAGAGUGUCGUAUCGUUAUCACAUGGCUUUAAGUCCAUUAGACGGUGUUUUGUACAUAUCCGACCCAGAAUCGCACCAAAUCAUAAAAGUUAAAAGUUUAAGUGAUUACACAGACCCCGAUAGGAAUUGGGAAACGGUCGUAGGAUCUGGAGAAAGGUGUCUUCCGGGUGAUGAGGCUCAUUGUGGGGAUGGUGCUUUGGCAAGAGACGCUAAAUUGGCUUACCCCAAAGGAGUAGCUGUUUCUAACGACAACAUCUUAUAUUUUGCUGAUGGAACUAAUAUUCGAAUGGUCGACCGCGACGGAAUUGUUACAACAGUUAUUGGAAAUCACAUGCAUAAAUCUCAUUGGAAACCAAUUCCUUGUGAAGGAACGUUAAACAUCGAAGAAGUGCAUUUGAGAUGGCCAACAGAAUUAGCUAUAAAUCCCCUAGAUAAUUCAUUACACAUCAUUGAUGAUCACAUGAUUUUGCAAUUAACUCCAGAUGGACGAGUAAAAGUUAUAGCGGGUAGACCGCUUCAUUGUGCAUCUCCUUUAACUGGUUAUGACAUGGAAUUGGCUACACAUGCAACGUUGGUUAUGCCUCAAAGUAUAGGAUUUAGCGCCGCGGGUGAUUUGUACGUAGCUGAAAGUGAUUCUCAAAGGAUAAACAGGAUACGAGUUAUCGGAACUGAUGGGAAAAUAUCGCCAUACGCCGGAGCCGAAUCGAAAUGUAAUUGUUUAGAACGGGGGUGCGAUUGCUUCGAAGCUGAUCACUUCUUAGCUUCCAACUCGAAAUUUAAUACGAUUUCUGCAGUUGCUGUUAGUCCAGAUGGAAACGUACACAUCGGAGAUCAAGCAAAUUAUCGUAUAAGAUCCGUAAUGGCUAGUAUUCCAGAUGCGAGUACAUCAAGAGAAUACGAAAUUUUCUCACCAGAAACGCAAGAAAUUUAUAUUUUCAAUCGAUUCGGUCAACAUAUAGCCACCAAAAAUAUUUUAACCGGCGAAACAAAUUACCUCUUUACUUACAACGUCAAUACAAGCAACGGAAAAUUAAGCACCGUAACAGACGCCGCUGGAAAUAAAGUAUUUUUAUUAAGAGAUUAUUCAAGUCAAGUUAAUUCAAUCGAAAACACCAAAGGACAAAAAUGUAGAUUAAGAAUGUCACGAUUAAGAAUGCUGCACGAAUUAAGCACACCAGAUAAUUACAACGUCACUUUCGAUUACCACGGACAAUCUGGAUUAUUAAAAACAAAAAUAGAUAGUAGCGGAAGAAGUUACGUCUAUAAUUACGACGAAUUUGGACGACUUACAUCUGCUGUAACUCCAACUGGAAAAGUUAUAAGUUUAUCCUUUGAUCUCUCGUUAAAAGGUGCGACUGUAAAGAUUUGGCAAAACUCCAAAAACCCCGAUUCAAUGUUAAUUAAAGGAUCUGUCGUUUUAAAUCGCAUUGGAGAAUCUGAACAAAAAACUAUUCUCCUUCCAAAUGGGGCUGUCGAAACAACAUCUUCAUGGGGACACACCAUAACAACUGAUACAGUUCCUUAUUCGGUUUUGAGUGAAAUCGAUCCGCUUUUGGGAGAAAGUUACCCAAUUCCGGCGAAACAAAGAACAGAAGUCGGCGGCGAUUUAGCGAAUCGUUUCGAAUGGAGGUACUUUUUAAGGCGAAUUCAAAAUGGAAAAUCUAAAAACUCACCGAAAACCAUCGCCCAAGUUGGAAGAAAACUAAGAAUUAACGGCGAAAAUCUUUUAACUUUGGAAUACGAUCGCGAAUCGGCUUCCGUUUCAGUUUUUAUGGAUGAUAGGGUUGAAUUGUUAAAUGUUACGUACGAUAGAACAGCUCGACCUAUUAAAUGGGGACCUAGAAAUGGGAUCUUUGCGGAAGUUGAGUUGGAAUACGAUCGUUUUAGUCGACUUAUUAGUUGGAAAUGGGGAGAUCUUAAUGAAAGUUAUGGAUUUGAUCAUGCUGGGCGAUUAAAUGAAAUUAAAUACGGAGAUGGUUCUUCUAUGAUUUAUGCGUUUAAAGAUAUGUUUAGUAGUUUGCCAUUAAAAGUAACAACACCGAGGGGAUCAGAUUAUCUUCUUCAAUAUGAUGAUGCAGGAGCUCUCCAAUCUUUAACAACACCACGUGGACACAUUCACACUUUCUCCUUGCAAACAUCAUUAGGAUUUUUCAAAUACCAAUAUUUCUCACCAAUGAAUCGUCAUCCCUACGAAAUAAUUUAUAAUGAUGACGGUCAAAUCCUAGCUAAAGUUUAUCCACAUCAAUCAGGAAGAGUAGCUUACGUUUACGAUUCAUCAGGAAAAUUAGAAACAUCUUUAGCUGGGUUAAAUUCAAUCCAUUACAUUUACCACGAACCAUCAAGUUUGGUGAAAAGCGUAGAUAUCGUCGAACCCAAUUUUGAAUUAAAAGACGAAUUUAAAUACCAUGGUGGUAUUUUAAAAGAUGAAAAGCUCAAAUUUAACGGAAAAACAAGUUUAAAUAAUGCCCAUUAUAAAUUUGCUUACGAUGGAAACGCCCGAUUAUCAGCAGUUGAGGUUGAUAUAAACGGAAAAGAAAUGCCAGCUUUGAGAUUGAAAUACAAUCAAAAUUUGGGAAGUUUAGAAGGAAUAAACGAUUUGAGGAUUUAUAGAAAUACAUUCAAUAGAUCUGUUAUGCAAGAUACAAGCAAACAAUUCUUUUCAAUCAUGGACUAUGAUGAGCAUGGUAGGACUAAAUCGAUUUUAAUUAAUAUCAAAUCGUUCGAUGUAUUCAGAUUGGAAUUAGAAUAUGACAAACGCAGUAGAAUUAGUAUGCAAAAAUUACUUAUUGGAAAAUCAUCUAGUAUGGAUCGAAUUAAUUACAAUGCUGAUGGACACGUUUUGGAAGUAAUAGGAACGAGUAGUUGGAAAUAUGUAUAUGAUGAAAAUGGAAAUAUUAUUGGAAUAAUCAAAGGAAAAGAAAAAAUCACCUUGGGUUAUGAUAGCGGUGAUAGAGUCGUUCAAUAUGGAGACGUUGAAUUUACAAAUUACGAUAAUCGCGGAUUUGUUAUUCGCAGAGGUGAACAAAAAUAUAGAUACAACACCAGAGGACAACUAAUCCAUGCUUAUGAAAGAGACAAGUUCCAAACUUGGUAUUAUUAUGAUGAUAGGGGUAGAAUGAUAGCUUGGAAUGACGAACACGGAAAUAUCACACAAUUCUUCUAUUCAAAUCCAAGCACACCAGAUUUAGUAACUCACGUGCAUUUCCCCAAAACUGGCCAUACAUUCCGUUAUUUAUAUGAUGAAAGAGAUUUUAUUAUCACUGUUGAAACUGCAGAACAAAGAUUUUACGUGGCAACCGAUCAAGAUGGAUCGCCAUUAGCACUUUUCGAUAUUAACGGAAACUUAAUUAAAGAAAUGCGAAGAACUCCGUUUGGAUCAAUCCUCAUGGACACAAAUCCCAAUUUCUACUUAGCUGUUGAUUUUCACGGCGGUAUUUAUGACCCUAACACCAAAUUAGUUUAUCUACAUAAGAGAUUAUAUGAUCCUGUUGUUGGACAAUGGAUGACUCCAGCUUGGGAGCAACUAGCAACGAAAUUAACGACACCAACAGACGUUUUUAUCUAUAGAUUCCAAAAUAACGACCCAAUCAAUCAUAAAAUGAGCAUUAAUUAUAUGACAGAUUUAUAUAGUUGGAUGAAAUUGUAUGGAUAUGAUGUUAAAAAGAUGAUGGGGUCUGAAUAUAUUAGCAAGAUGAUUUAUAGACCCAAAGCUACGGUUACAUCACGACAAUUAGCACCAGAUUUUGGAGUUAUGUCAGGGUUACAAUGUAUAGUUGAAAAGGUGAAUGAAAAGUUCGCAGAUUUAGGUUUCAUUCCAAAACCUUUAUUAAAAAUGGAACCAAAAACUCGAAAUCUCCUUCCAAGAGUAGCUUAUCGUAAGGCAGUCUUUGGAGAAGGUGUUUUAAUAUCAAGAGUAAGCGAUCGCGCCCUAGUUAGCGUUGUAGAAAAUGUAAACGGUGUCGUACAAGAUGUCGUCACCUCAGUCUUUAAUAACUCCUUCUUCCUUGACCUACACUUUAGUAUCCACGAUCAAGAUGUUUUCUAUUUCGUUAAAGACAACGUUUUAAAAAUCAGAGAUGAUUUAGAAGAAUUAAAACGGCUCGGUGGGAUGUUUAACGUAUCCACCCACGAAACCACCGAUCAUGGAACAGGAAAAGAAUUAAGAUUGCAUAAUCCUGAUGCUGUUGUAAUUAUCAAAUACGGAGCGGAUCCAAAUCAAGAAAGAUCGCGGAUAUUAAAGCAUGCACAUAAACGUGCUGUGGAGAGAGCUUGGGAAAGAGAAAAACAAUUAGUUGCUGCUGGUUUUCAAGGUCGCGGAGAAUGGACUGAAGAAGAAAAAGAGGAAUUGAUAUCUCACGGAUAUGUGGAUGGUUACGAAGGAGUAGCCAUCCAUAACACACAGAAAUACUCACAAUUGGCCGACGAUCCGGGUAACGUUGGCUUUCAAAGAGAUGCGAAACGAAAAAGACGAAAGAGCGGGUUAAGAAGAUCACGGCAACACCGCCACGAGUCGUGACUUCGCUAGGACACCUCGAAUUGUGCCAUUUGUCAUCAAAUCUGAACUAGUCGUUUUCUUAGUUUAAGGAGAAAUUAUUUUUUAAGAAGAGAGACGCGGCUCUAAAUAUUUUGAUAACGAUUAAAAAAAAAUAAUGAACAAAAAAAGACUUGUACAUUCAAAUGUAAACUGUCCAUUUGUCAAGGAGUAAAAAAUGAAGAAAUUAUAUCUAUAUUGUGUAUAAGCAAUCAUGUAAGGGCCUAUCUUUAAGUGAAAAAAAAAAUUAAAAUAAAAUAAAUAACAUAAAAAGCUAAUCGGUAAAGGUACAGGGUACACGAGUACUCAUAAGGCAAAGAAAACUUCGCAGAGACUGCACUUAAAUAGUUCGUUUCCUUAGGAGAAUGAAAAAAAAACUUAAAUACAGUAAUGCAAUAUUAAGAACAAGUGUGUAUAUAUAUCAGAAGCUUUUUAUAUGGUAAAGACAGAGAGUAAGAGUGCGAUUUGAUUAUUCAACUUCGGUAUGUAAUAAUCAAACGGGUAGAUAUUAGUUAGCUUGAUUAAUCUUAUUUUGUGAUUCCUUAUAGAACUGACUGAUUAUUAAGAUAAAGUGAAAUAAAAAAUCCGAACACAUUAUUAUCGUAGUCAAUAGUUGUAUAUAUAUAAAUAUAUAUUCGGACUCAUUUCGUCUUCAUUUUAGGACUUCUUGUUGCUUAUUUGAUACGGUUUAGAUGGGGCCGACAUAACAUAAUUAUCGUAAAAUAUACAUUUGAGGUCCAUGGAUCAUUAGAAUAGCAAAUCAGUCGUAACUCUGUGUGGAAAAAAAAUGUAAUCAUAGUUCUCUCUUUCUCUAUCCCCCAAAGAAAAAAAAAUACCAAACUAUCAUAUUCAUCUCGCUCCAUAGAUUUGUCGUAACUUUGUACACUGCUGUUGUAAUGAUAAAUGAAUUUCUUUCCCGUUUUUCUCUUUCUCAACCUAAAGAAAUGCGUGUAGGUUUAGUUUUUAAUUUAUUUAUAUGUAGAUAUAAACUUGUAUAAAAAAGAUAUCUUUUAUAUAGAACAGAUCAUCUAAUCGAUUUCUUAAUUUUAAUCCCUCGCAGUUAUUUCAUUGUGUCGAAAAAGAGAAAAGCCCUCUCUCAUACUAUUUUAGACGAUUUUUUUAUAUUGAAUAAUUUGGAACGGAAUGUCUGUAUAUAGUCAGGUAAAAAUCGUGUGGGGAAAAAAUAAAACGGGCGAGUACCAGCCGAGCAGUGUAAGUGAUAUUUUUUCAAAAACGUGAAAAAUAACGAAAGCAAUACUUUGUAACUUUUACAUCUUUAUUAUUAGUUCGUAAUGUCUAAUCGUUAUGUGCAAUUGUUGUGGGGCCCGCAACUAGUGGCGGCCCGCACUAGCAUUUUUCGGAAAUUAAAAGAGAAAAAUUAAUUGGAAAAAAAACCAGUGACUAUAAUCGGCCACGAUUAUACAUAAAAUCGCGAAAAAAGAAGUUUUUAUGUGUGUAUAUAUUAAUAUAUAAAUUUAUUGUGUAUAUUGUUUUACUUUUUUUAAAAUGUACAUAUAUUUUCUUUGUUUUAUUCAGUAAUAAUACUCGUUUAAUAAAUGCAAAAGUAUUUACCAAAA